AUGGAGAUUUAUUGUUCAAUGUUCAUAAUAUAUACUGUUAUAAUAACUAUUGUUUAUUAUCCUCGAACUACACAUGGCCACGGUCGGUUAAUAGACCCACCAUCUAGAGCAUCAAUGUGGAGACAUGGAUUUAAUUUACCACAGAAUGAUUAUGAUGAUAAUCAGGGCUAUUGUGGUGGUCAACAGAUAUGUUGUAAUAUUAAUAUGACAGAGGAGGCUGAUGUCUUUAUAAUGGACGAUACAACAGAGGAUGAUACUAUACGAGUUGGUGGAUUUCGAUUAGACGGUAUGAUAUUUAUAUUCUGUGGUUUAGGAUUGUUAUUAUUUGUGGUAUAUUUAUUAUGGAAUUCACAAUGUUCCUCAAAAACACCCGACAUGGACGAACGUCAGAAAGAAAUCAUCAAACCAUCACAUCUGUUUGCAUACGAACUUGAACCAGGUGUAGUCGUUAUGCAGAGUAAAGACGGAGAAUUUUUUAGAAUCCUUCACGAAUAUGAUCCAGAGACACGCGGCACUAAACAUUAUGGAGCUAGUCCACAGACAGUACAGAUGGAAGGGACACCAGUUCAUUAUAUACCACAUUACACACGACCAGUAUUACAGACACAGGCUACUGCUCCUAAUGCUGAUCUAAUGGACUUACGACAACCAUUUUCUGAUAAUUAUGUAUCUCAACCUCCUCCUUAUUCACCCACUGUAUAUAGACAAUGAUUUCGAUCUUUAUCAGAUCAGCAAUGAGGGUCAUAUUUUGCAUGAUCAUUAGUGACCCCAUAUUCAUAGAGCUUUCAUAUAGAUCUAAGACAUUCGGAAUACGCAAGAUUAAAUCCUUGAUAUUUAAUAUAAAGAAAGAAGCGUUUUACGAUUUUACAGAUUUGUAUUAAUAAUUAAUUUGUAACGUGAUAUUUUGGGGUAAAUAUUUUACGAUUUGGUGCCUGAGGAAAAUCGUUGAAGAUACUCUGAUUUGGUAUUCUAAAUUGGUUGUUUGAUAUAUUAUGCUGUGAAUAUUUUAUUUUGAGAAACCUAUUUUAGGCUUCUUUUAACAAUAGUCAUUGUACCUAGGUUUAUGUUAUAUAUUUGUCUGUAUUGUUAUCCCUCAAUUCAAACGUUUAAUUUUCUAUAAAUGAAAUAAAUUUUAUUGUAAAAGGCUUCAAAAGGCACUAAAAGAAAGUUAACAUUCAUGGUGUAAAUCAAAUAUUGCACAAGUACACCGAGCAAUAUUUUAGAAUCGGAAGUUAUAUUUAGUCACAGGAUAGGCGUUCUUGGUUAGAAUAAAUAUGUUUAGUCAUAUUAGAAAAAUGAACUAUGAGAUAUUUGGUAGCAUGUCAGAAAUUUGAUGUUAUUUAAUGGCGCAGAUGACACUGGUAAACCCUGGACAUUUGAUCUACGAGUAUAAGUUGUAUUUUACACUAUGACGUUAGAACCAGACGGAAGUACAUUAUGUCAUGUGGAAUUAUAAUGCGUUUGGCUGAAGAGUUUUUUUACCCCAAGAUUAGCAUCCGGUGAUUUUCGCUUGUAAUUAUAUAUAUAUGAUAUGAUAUAAAAUUAGCAAAUACCUCU